AUGGCUCCUGCACCCACCCUCGACAGCGGCGCGCCGACAACGACGGUGGCGGUAGUAGCGGGUGCCACAAAGCAAGUCCACCCCUCGCCGUCACUCGACAAGAGCAACGCCGAAACGGCCGCCGCCAGCGAAGCCAUCCGCACCAACAGCGCCGAGGCCAACGAGUCGAUCCUGGCUGAGAUCCGCUGCCUGGCCGCCGACCUGGUCCAGGCCUACAAGGGCGGCCAUCCGGGUACGCCCAUCGGCGCCGCCUCAAUCGGAAUGGCCCUCUGGGGCACCGCCAUGCGCUUCAACCCCGCCCACCCCACCUGGUCCAACCGCGACCGCUUCGUCCUCUCCGCAGGCCACGCCUGCCUCCUCCAGUACAUCUACCUCCAUCUUACCGGCUACCGGGCCUGGACCAUGGAUAUGCUCCAGCGCUACCACUCCACCAACUUCCAAGGCAGCCUCGCCGCGGGUCACCCGGAAAUCGACCCGCACAACGGCAUCGAGGUCACCACGGGCCCCCUCGGCCAGGGCAUCGCCAACUCGGUCGGUCUCGCCAUGGCUUCCAAGCACAUGGCAGCACACUACAACCGCCCCGGCUUCGACGUCGUCUCCAACACCAUCUGGUGCUUUACCGGCGACGGCUGCAUCGCAGAGGGCGUCGGUCAGGAAGCCCUCUCGCUCGCCGGCCACCUCGGGCUCGACAACCUCAUCCUCAUCUACGACAUGAACAAGAUCACCGUCGACGGCACCAUUGACGCCACCUCGUCCGAGGACCAGCCGGCCAAGCUGCGCUCCAUGGGCUGGGACGUCAUCGAGGUGCGCAACGGCUCCACGGAUGUCGCCGCCAUCGUCGCCGCCCUUGACGACGCCAAGCACCGGCGCAACGGCCGGCCCACGUGCGUCCAGAUCGAAACCGUCAUCGGCUUCGGCGCCGAGCGCCAGAACACGGGGCCCGUCCACGGCGCCGCGCUCGGCGACGACGGCGUGCGUCACCUCAAGCGCGCCUUUGGCCGCGAUCCGGACCAAAAGAUGACGCUGUCGCCGCACGUCUACGACGCCUUUGCCGGCGCGCGCGCAAAGGGCGAGCGGAUCCAGGCCGAGUGGGACGGCAUGAUGUCCGAAUACCGACGCGCCUACCCGGACCUGGCGGCCGAGUUUGAGCAGCGCAACCGUCCUGCUGCCGUCGCUGACGACGCCGAGGAGGAAGCAAAAGAGGGGUCCGACGGCCUAAUCGGCGGCCUGCCUGCGCGCUGGACGACGAUGCUGCCGCCCAAGACCGACCUGCCCACCUCGUCGAUCCCCACGCGCAAGGCGUCGGGCCUGGUCGUCGAGGCCAUCGCGCCGCACUUCCCGCAGUUCAUGGUGGGCAGUGCCGACUUGCUCGAGUCGACAUUCGUCAGCUGGCGCGGCAUGGUCGAGUUCCAGCACCCAUCGAGGCGGAUCGAGGGCGGCGACUUUGGCGGGCGCCAGAUCCGCUAUGGCAUCCGCGAGCACGCCAUGGCCGCCGUCGCCAACGGCCUCGCCGCCUACGCCCCGCACGCCUUUGUCCCCGUCAUCUCGACCUUCUUCAUGUUCUUCCUCUACGCCGCACCCGCCAUCCGCAUGUCGGCGCUGCAGAAGCUGCGCGUCAUUGGCGUGGCCACGCAUGACUCGAUCGGUAUCGGCGAAGACGGACCGACGCACCAACCCAUCGGUCUCGCCUCGCUGUUCCGCGCCCUGCCGAACCUGCAGUUCCUCCGCCCCGCCGAUGCCGAAGAGGUGGUAGGCUCGUGGUACCUUGCCCUCGAGGCCGAGACGACGCCGUCGAUCCUCUCGCUUAGCCGACACGCCCUGCCCCUCCUGCCCGGCUCGAGCCGCGAGGGCGUCAAAAGGGGAGGCUACGUCGUCCACUCCGCCUCUUCGCCCUCGUCCUCGAGCGGCGCUGCGGCCAGUGACGACGACGACGACGACGAGGCGGGUCCGGUGGUGCACCUCACCCUGGUAGCGACGGGGAGCGAAGUGUCUUUAGCCAUCGAGACAGCCGACCUGCUCGCCUCUUCAUCGUUAUCUGCCGCCACCGGCCGACAACGGCGAUAUGCCAUCAAGGUGGUAUCGAUGCCGUGCAUGUCGCGCUUCGACGCGCAGCCACCGUCGUACCGGCACGACACGAUCGCGCCGCACCACCUCUCGGUGGGCAUCGAGGCGUGGGCGUCGCUGCCGUGGCCGCGCUACGUCGGCGCCGCGCUGUCGAUGCACACCUACGGCCUCUCGGGCCCGCAGCGCCACCUCUUUGACCACUUUGGCUUCCACCCGUCCAACCUCGCCGCCAAGAUCGACGCCUACGUCGCUGGUCGGAUUGAUGAGCCGAGUGGACAGAUCAGGUUGCCGCGCGUCGGCGAGUUUGAGGAGUUGCUGCUCGGUUACGCCAAAGGUCACUAG